GUUAAAGGCCAAAAAUAACUCUAUAGAUAUGAUAUAUAUCUGUAAUAACUGAAUAUAUUGGGAUUUGAGCUUAAUUCACAGCUCUCUCUUUCCAUCAACACCAAAUUCUGGCACCAUGAUUUCGUCCGGGAAGCUCAAAUCGGUCGACUUUUACAGGAAGAUCCCAAGAGAUUUGACUGAGGCAUCACUAUCCGGUGCGGGAUUAUCCAUAAUUGCAGCCCUUUCCAUGGUAUUUUUAUUUGGAAUGGAACUGAAUAACUAUUUAACCAUCAGCACCUCUACCUCUGUCAUUGUUGACAAGAGUACUGAUGGCGACUACUUGCGUAUUGAUUUUAAUAUGAGCUUUCCUACACUGUCAUGUGAAUUUGCAUCGGUUGACGUGAGUGAUAUACUAGGAACAAACAGGUUGAAUAUAACAAAAACAAUACGGAAAUUCUCUAUAGAUGCAGAUUUAAAACCUACUGGUGCUGAGUUUCACUCAGAACCAAUGUCAAAUUUCAUUAAGCAUGGGGAUGAAGUUGAUGAUGAAGCCGGUGAAGGUUCUGUUGCACUAACAGCUAAUAACUUUGAUAAAUUUUCUCAACAGUAUCCAAUUUUGGUUGUCAAUUUUUUUGCUCCUUGGUGCUACUGGAGUAAUCGCCUGAAACCUUCUUGGGAGAAGGCAGCCAAGAUAAUACGAGAAAAAUAUGACCCAGAGUUGGAUGGCCGUAUAAUUUUGGGUAGGGUUGAUUGUACUUUAGAAGGUGAUCUGUGUAAGAGGCAUCAUAUCCAAGGGUAUCCAUCCAUUCGCAUUUUCCGCAAAGGAAGUGAUUUGAGGCUUGAUCAUGGACAUCAUGACCAUGAAUCUUAUUAUGGAGAUCGAGAUGCAGAUAGCUUGGUUAAGAUGAUGGAAGGUUUGGUUGCACCCAUCCAACUGGAGUCUCAGAAACAGCUUGCUGGAGGUAGCAAUACAACAGAAAAUGCAAAAAGACCAGCACCAAAGGCUGGAGGAUGUAGAAUUGAAGGAUAUGUGCGUGUGAAAAAGGUUCCUGGGAAUCUUAUCAUUUCUGCUCGGUCGGGAUCUCAUUCUUUUGAUGCUUCUCAAAUGAAUAUGUCACAUGUGGUAUCACACCUUUCAUUUGGUAAGAAGAUUUCACCUAAAGUGAUGAGUGAUGUGAAGCGAUUGAUACCUUAUCUUGGGGGAAGCCAUGAUAGAUUGAAUGGUCGGAAAUUCAUUAACCAACGUGAUAUAGGUGCAAAUGUUACUGUAGAGCAUUAUCUUCAAGUCGUUAAAACAGAAGUCAUAAUCAGAGGCUCCCAUAAAUUAGUAGAGGAGUACGAGUACACGGCCCACAGCAGUGUAGCUCAAAGUCUAUACAUACCUGCUGCAAAAUUCCAUUUCGAGCUCUCUCCGAUGCAGGUUUUGAUAACAGAAAACCCCAAGUCCUUUUCACAUUUUAUCACCAAUGUGUGUGCCAUUAUUGGAGGUGUCUUCACGGUAGCUGGAAUAUUGGAUUCAAUUCUACACAACACUUUUAGAAUGAUUAAAAAAGUUGAGUUAGGCAAAAAUAUUUGAUAGGUAGGUAAGGUCCCUUGAGUGUAACAAAUCUAAUAUUCCAAUACCAAGUUUAGGGAGGAAUUGUUAUUUUAGAUGGUGGCAAGGUAUUUUAUUCAUUGUCAAAACAGUUCCAUUUUGCAAUAUGCAUUGAAACAUGCCAUGACAAUUCUUUACUGUUA